AUGAGUCUAAUGCAGUUAUUGUUAGCUGUACAGUUCCAUGCAAAUCCAUUCAAGAUACAUCUGAAUCAGGUUAAAAAGUUCAUAAUCCUGGAAGGUCCCGUAGUCUCACUACCAGCAAUUCCCGAAGAGGAAAAAGAAAAUUUACGCGAAGCAGGAGUGGAAGAGUUGGUUAAUACUGCUGGAUAUUCUAAUGACCAGUUUGCUUUUGUUGACUCCCCACUUAUCGGUGAUAGACAGGAACGGCCACAUCGAUAUAAUCUCCGCUCCAAAAGCCGCUAG